AAUUAAAAUGGAACAAUUCGUAAUUCCAAAAACUUUUAAGGCAGCUUAAUUAGUUGAAUACGGAAAAGAUUUCUAGAUUGUAGAGAUAGAAACACCAUAAUUAUAAGAAGGAUAAGUUUUAAUUAAAGUUGAAGCAGCUCCUGUUAAUCCAUCAGAUUUAUUAUUGAAAGCAGGAUAAUAUCCAGCUGAAAAAGUAUUACCAGCAGUCUUAGGAUUAGAAGGUUCAGGAAUUGUUGUUCAAUUAGGGUAUAUAUUAUAAAACUAUCAAAUAGACCAAAUGUUCAAAAUGUUAAGGUAGGUACAAAAGUGGCUUUCACAGCUAAUUCGAAUUAUGGUAGUUAUGGUUAGUAUUGUGUUACAUUCAGUCAGUAAGUUAUUCCAUUAGAUGAUGAUAUCUCUUUUGAAAUGGGAGCAUCAUCUAUAGUAAACCCUGUUACAGUAAUGCUUAUGUUAGUAGAAACAUAAGAAUUAGGAGCUAAAGCUAUAGUUCAUACAGCUGCUGGUUCAGCAUUAGGAAGAAUGUUAGUUAGAUAUUUUUAAGAUUCUGGAAUUGAUGUCAUUAAUGUUGUCAGAAGAUAAGAAUAAGUUGAGCUACUUUAAAAAGAAGGUGCUAAAUAUGUUUUAAAUUAAACUUCAGAAACCUUCCUUAAAGAUUUAAAUGCUUUAGCUACUUAAUUAAAGUAUUAUUAUUUUCUAAUUUCAUUAGUGCCACUGUAUUCUUUGAUGCAAUAGGUGGAAGUUUAACUGGUUAAAUACUAAGUCAAUUACCUAAUAAAUCUACUGCUUUAGUAUAUGGAUUACUAUCAGGAUAACCUAUUAGUGAUGUUACUGCUAAUGAUUUACUUUUCAAAAGCAAAAUUGUUAAAGGAUUUUGGUUAGCCACAUCAGUGCACAAGUAUAAUCCUUUUGCUGAUUUGAAUGUCUCAAAGAAACUUAAUGAAUUACUAAAAACUACAUUAAAGACAGAAUAUUCUAAUCAAUAUCCUCUAGAAUAAAUCAAUUAGGGAAUACAAAUUUAUUCAUAAAAUUAGACAUAAAAGAAAAUCUUGAUUAGACCAAAUCAAUGAGACAAUAUUUAC